GCGGAGCCAGCCUGCAGUAGCCCGGGGGCGCUCCCUGGCCUGAGGAGUCCUCCGUCCCGCCGCGACGCUGCAGCGGGACCACAGCAGAGGCGCAGGUCUGGGGAGGCCCCGCCGCCCGCGCCGAGAUGUGGAAUCCCCUUCACGAAGCCGACUCGAGCUUUGCGGCUUGGCGCCGCCCGCGCUGGCUGUGCGUCGGGGCGCUGGCGCUGGCCACCGGCCUCUUGAUCGUCGGCUUCCUCUUCGGAUGGUUUAUAAAAUCCUCCAGUGAACCUACUAAGAUUGUUCCACAGCCUAAUGUGAAGAAGGCAUUUUUGGAUGAAUUGAAAGCUGAGAACAUCAAGAGGUUCUUAUAUAAUUUUACACGGAUGCCACAUUUAGCAGGAACAGAACAAAACUUUCAGCUUGCAAAGCAAAUUCAAUCCCAGUGGAAAGAAUCUGGCCUGGAUUCUGUUGAGUUAGCCCAUUAUGAUGUCCUGUUGUCCUAUCCAAAUAAGACUCAUCCCAACUACAUCUCAAUAAUUGAUGAAGACGGAAAUGAGAUUUUUAACACAUCAUUAUUUGAACCACCUCCUCCAGGAUAUGAAAAUGUUUCAGAUGUUGUGCCACCUUUUAAUGCCUUCUCCCCGCAGGGAAUGCCAGAGGGUGAUCUAGUGUAUGUUAACUAUGCCCGGAUUGAAGACUUCUUUAAACUAGAGACGGACAUGAAAAUCAAUUGCUCUGGGAAGAUUGUGAUUGCCAGAUAUGGGAAAAUUUUCAGAGGAAAUAAGGUUAAAAAUGCCCAGCUGGCAGGGGCCAAAGGAGUCAUUCUGUACUCAGAUCCUGCUGAUUACUUUGCUCCUGGGGUGAAGUCCUAUCCAGAUGGUUGGAAUCUACCUGGUGGUGGUGUCCAGCGUGGAAAUAUCUUAAAUCUUAAUGGAGCAGGGGACCCUCUCACACCUGGUUACCCAGCAAAUGAAUAUGCUUAUAGACGUGGAAUCACCGAGGCUGUUGGUCUUCCAAGUAUUCCCGUUCAUCCAGUUGGAUACUACGAUGCACAGAAGUUCCUGGAGAAAAUGGGUGGAUCAGCACCGCCAGACAGCAGCUGGAAAGGAAGUCUCCAAGUGCCCUACAAUGUUGGCCCUGGCUUUAUUGGAAACUUUUCUACGCAAAAAGUCAAGAUGCACAUCCAUUCUAACAAUAAAGUAACCAGAAUAUACAAUGUGAUCGGAACUCUCAGAGGAGCAGUGGAACCAGACAGAUAUGUCAUUCUUGGAGGUCACCGUGACUCAUGGGUGUUUGGAGGCAUCGACCCUCAGAGUGGAGCAGCUGUUGUUCAUGAAAUUGUGAGGAGUUUUGGGACACUGAAAAAAGAAGGAUGGAGACCUAGAAGAACAAUUUUGUUUGCAAGCUGGGAUGCAGAAGAAUUUGGUCUUCUUGGCUCUACUGAGUGGGCAGAGGAGAAUUCCAGACUCCUUCAAGAGCGUGGUGUGGCCUAUAUUAAUGCUGAUUCUUCUAUAGAAGGAAACUAUACUCUACGAGUUGAUUGCUCCCCACUGAUGUACAGCUUGGUAUACAGCCUAACAAAGGAGCUCCAAAGCCCUGAUGAAGGCUUUGAAGGCAAAUCUCUUUAUGAGAGCUGGAAUGAAAAAAGUCCUUCCCCUGAGUUCAGUGGCAUGCCCAGGAUUAGCAAGUUGGGAUCUGGUAAUGAUUUUGAGGUGUUCUUCCAAAGACUUGGAAUUGCUUCAGGCAGAGCACGGUACACUAAAAACUGGGCAACAAACAAAUUCAGGAGCUAUCCACUGUAUCACAGUGUCUAUGAAACGUAUGAACUGGUGGAGAAGUUUUAUGAUCCAACUUUUAAGUAUCACCUCACUGUGGCCCAGGUUCGAGGAGGGAUGGUGUUUGAACUGGCCGAUUCCACAGUGCUCCCAUUUGACUGUCGAGAUUAUGCUACAGUUUUAAGAAAGUAUGCUGACAAAAUCUACAAUAUUUCAAUGAAACAUCCUCAAGAAAUGAAAAAGUACAGUGUGUCAUUUGGGCCUGUUUCUAUUUCAGAUUCACUUUUUUCUGCUGUGAAGAAUUUUACAGAAAUUGCUUCUAAGUUCAGUGAGAGACUCCAAGGCUUGGACAAAAACAACCCAAUAUUAUUGAGAAUUAUGAAUGAUCAAUUGAUGUUUUUGGAACGAGCAUUUAUUGAUCCUUUAGGAUUACCAGACAGGCCUUUCUAUAGGCAUGUCAUCUACGCUCCAAGCAGCCACAACAAGUAUGCAGGGGAGUCAUUUCCAGGAAUUUAUGAUGCUCUGUUUGACAUCGAAAACAAAGAUGAUCCUUCCAAGGCCUGGGGAGAAGUGAAGAGACAGAUUGCUAUUGCAGCCUUUACAGUGCGGGCUGCAGCAGGGACCCUGAGAGAAGUAGCCUAGGUGGUUCUUCAGAGAACCCGUGUUGAAUAGGUAGGUAUAUCACUAUGGUGUAUUGAUAAACUAAAACAUAAAACUAUGUAUAUGUAUAUGUAUAUGUAUAUAGACAUGCACACACACACACACACACACACAUCUUAGCAUUCUUUCUUCUUCUCCCUUCGAAUCAAAAAAGAAAGAUGGACAAUUUUUAUCCUAUAAAAUAGAAGGUUAGGGGCACCUGUGUGGCUCAGGUGGUUAAGCGUCCGACUUCGGCUCAGGUCAUGAUCUCAUGGUUUGUGACUUCAAGCCCUAUGCCUUGUUUUGCGCUGACAGCACGGAACCUGCCUGGGAUUCCCUCUCUCCCUCUCUUCCUCUCUCUGCCCCUCCCCAACUUGCUCUCUCUCUCUCUCUCAAAAUAAAUAAAUAAGUAGAUAAAAAUAAUAAUAUAAGGUUAUUCUGAGUUUGAACUAAAUGUUAAAUUAAGGUGAACACCUACCAUAUUAAAACACCCAUGUGACAUUAUCAGAGAAUCAAGUCUAGUUCAACACUUGUGUUGGCCCUACUGGCCACCCAGGGCGGAGAGAGCACUAUCUUAGUGUGCCAGUGGAACAACUCUGGUCUACUCGCACUGCUGGUAAACAUAGUCGCUCUGUACCAUAAAGGAUAAUUACUUUUAUUAAAUUAGCGAAUAUUUUAUUUAUGUCAAAGGGUGUAUAUAAUAUGUGUAUAGUGAAAAAUAAUAAAGAAAUGAACAUUUGUAGAACUAUCCCCACAAAUAACCAAAUUAAGAAAAAGAACAUUACCAAUAUCUUUGACUCCUCCGUGUGCCACUGACCAGUGUGCCUUCAUCUUCUGCCAGAGAUACUCACUUCCUUUAAUCUUCUGUCAGUUUUUCUGUUAUUUAUAAUUAUACCACACAUGGUAUAUAUCCCUUGUGUGUUUUGGGCUUUGUGUAUGUUUUUUAACUGUUUACAAAUAAAAUCAUACUGUGUAUGUA